UACCUUUAUUUCUGAAAGUGAAUGACUAGCUCUUUAGAACUAGCCUGAAUAGGUGAAGACAUUUUUUUGCAAGUGCAUUUAUUUAUUUAUUUAUUUUAAACAUUGUUCUUCCCUAAUUCUUGUUUAUUUACACAAAAUAAAUUGCAAUAUAUUGCAUGUCAGUGUGAAUAUUUUUAGUGCUUAGUCACUAAAAGGUUUACUCUCAUGCCAUGUCAUGUCAAAGCCAUAGUGUCUGCAUCAACUCAUGUCAUAUAUUUUUUUUCUCACAGUGGGUACAGCAAUGUGUCAGGAGGUGGAGCUCUAAGAUUAGUUUGACUUGGCUUAUUUUCUAAUGUGGAAUCACACUGUCACUCUGUCAGAGCAUCAACCAACAUGUGCCUUCCUGUCUUUCUCAUUUUGGUUCUUCAUACAGGUAACAUCCUGACAAACAUGAUAACAUCGCAUGACUUACAAAAACCAGUUUUAGAAGGUAAAAAUGUAACACUCACAUGUAACUACAGUGGAGUACCUGAUAAUCUCCACUGGUACCGUCAAUAUCCCAGAUCUACACCAAAGUUCCUCCUCUACAUCUAUGAAAGUGGGCUGAUGAGUGACAACAUACCACAGCGCUUAACACCAAGAAUUAAUAAAAACACAAAACGAGUGGAUCUGGAGAUCUCUUCUGCUGCAGUGACAGACUCUGCUGUGUACUACUGCGCCCUGAGGCCCACAGUCACAGGAAACAAAGCCACGCUGUACGAAAACAUGAAGCAGAGACAAAUUGCAGUCAUGAUGUUCCUGUGCAUUCUGAUUCUGCUGUCAAUAAUACAGGAUGAAUGCUUUGCACAGACAAUAAAACCACUGCAGGACAGAACACAAGUUACUGAGGGGAAGCCAGUCAAUCUGUCAUGCAAAUAUGACGUCAGUGCACAGAGUUUACUUUGGUAUCGACAAUAUCCUGGAUCAGGACUGGAAUUUCUGCUCCUUGUCGUUGAGUCAUCCAAGAAGACUGUAGUACACGCAGAUCCCCCUAUUCCUAGACUGGAUGGUGAAAUGAGUAUGAAAGACAAGCGAGUGGAUCUGAUGAUCUCCUCUGCUGAAGUGACAGACUCUGCUCUGUACUACUGUGCCCUGGUGCCCACAGUGAGAGAAAACACAACACCGCUGUACAAAAACCUCCAACCAUGCUCCAUGUGCAAUACACAAAUGGUGUUGAAAUUAAAUCACUAUGUCAAAUAAUUUCUAUGUUUUUCUGAAUAAACUCCAUAGCCCUGGUUUAUACUAGCUAACCACUUUUACCUCUAUAUUACUGUUUUAGUACAGAAAUGCACAGCUGUAAUCAUAAAACCAUUAGUUAGCUCCAAAAAGUUCAGUUGAAUCAGUUUAAUGCUGUUAAACUGAAUGUACAAAGCAAACUCUUUGCUGAAAUAUUCACAACAAUCAAUUGCAUGUGAAAGCAGCUAACACCUUAUGAUUAAAAGAUAAGAUGAACAAAACAUUAAAUAAACUUCAUAAACUUGCUUAAAAUAAACCCAUGAAAUCCACAAGAUGGCACCUGUUGUAGUUUUGAGUGUUAACGUACACUAAGUUGUAUGCACCUUAAUGUGAUGUGAUAUGUGAUACUAACUAGAGCUAGGUGAUUUUCUUGUUCCUUAAAAGGCAAGAGUUCAAACAUUCACAAUUAUCCUCUCUGGAUUUGAUUCUAAUUGAUGACUAUUUUAGUGAGAUGUGUUUCUCCAGGCCAAUGUAUGGAUAUAGAAACUUGUGAUGUGAUGGCUAAAAUAAUCCACAAGAGGGGAGUCUUCAACCAAAAAUGAAUAGAAACAACCAUUUCUUUCAGGGCACAAGGGAGGAGAUCCAAGGCAAUUAUUUCAGGCAUCCAGAGGUUUCAGACAUAGUUAAACAUAGUUGCUCAUUCGCUCCUUGUCAGUAAUGCUAUUUCUGUUUUGUCUGUGGCUUAUCUCCCUCUUAACAGGUAAGAUACAUGCAAUUAAUCAAAUAAGCAUUACUAAGAACACAUAACAAUACAAAGUAGCCUACUUUACUUUUGUAGUUCUGUUCAUCUCCAUUCAUUAUUCCCAUCUAUCUUUCUCUGUUUCUCCUAGGUGAUGGGUCUAGUGAGGGAAUAGCACCAGUCUCUCGUAAUGAAUUUGUCUCAGAAGGGAACGCAAUCACCCUGUCCUGCAAUUACAAUGGAUCAGCUGCUACAGAUGCUCUCCAUUGGUAUCGUCAGUACC